GUAUUGUUUAAUAUUGAACUUACAAAGUUCCCUCUAGCACAAACUAUUACAGAAGAAAUGGAGCCAUACAUCAAACUUUAUGCAAACUUUUUGAGCUGGGAGAAACUAGAAGAUAGAUGGCUGUAUGGCUUAUUCACAGAUUUAAACUCUGAAACUAUUGAAAAAUCAGUUACAUUGCAUAAUGAGGAAUGUCUAAAAUUAUUAAAGAUAUUUAAAAACAUUCAGAAAAAUGAAUUAAUGCAGCAGCAGCGAGGUGCAAAACAAGAUGAAGUUUUUCCUCCAUUAGUGAUUUGUGAAAAUCUUUUUCAACGAAUUAGUAAUUUUAAGCAAUAUUUGCCAACACUUGAUAUAAUAUGUAGUCCUGGUUUAAAAAUUUAUCAUUGGGAAGAAAUGUCGUCGAUUGUUGGCCAAAAGUUAAUUCCUGAUUAUCGAAUGACUCUUCAUAAGAUGCUGUCUAUGCAAGUUCAAAAUUAUUUAGAUAAAUUUAAACCAAUAGCAAUUGCUGCUUCAAAGGAAUACAUAUUAAAGACAACUUUUGAUAAAUUGAAAAGUGAAUGGAUUGGCGUAUGUUUUGCCAUUGCUCAGCAUGAGGAUACAUACAUAUUAUCAUCUAUAGAUGAAAUUCAGUUAUUAUUGGAUGAUCAUAUUUUGAAAAUUCAAACAAUGAAAGGAUCUCCAUUUGCUCGACCUUUUGAAAAAGAAAGAAAAAUUUGGGAAAAGCAACUACUAUUAAUAGAAGAUACAAUAGAUGAAUGGUUAAAAGUUCAAUCACAAUGGUUAUAUUUAGAACCUAUAUUCUCAAAUGCAGACAUUAUAAAACAAAUGCCUACUGAAGGGGAAUUGUUUGCUCAAGUAAAUUGUAUAUGGAAAGAAACAAUGAUAGAUGUCGCUGCUAAUCCAUUGGUCUUAAUGGCAGUUGGAACUCCCAAUAUAUUGACAAUAAUGAAGAACUGUAACAAACUAAUAGACCAAAUUAAUAGAGGAUUAAAUCAAUAUCUAGAAACAAAGAGAUUAUUUUUUCCAAGAUUCUUCUUUUUGUCUGAUAAUGAAAUUUUGGAAAUUCUCUCUGAAACUAAAAAUCCUUUACGCGUUCAACCAUAUUUAAAAAAAUGCUUUGAAGGAAUUGACAAGCUUGAAUUUGACAAUAAUUUAGUUAUUUAUGCUAUGUUCAGUUCCGAAGGUGAAAAAGUUUCAAUGAUAACAUGCAUCGAUACAAAGUUAGCACAUGGUCAAGUGGAACAAUGGCUUUCAGAAGUGCAACAUAUGAUGGUAAAGUCAUUACGCAAUAUUAUUGAACAAGCUUUUAAAGGUUAUGCAUCAGAUAACAGAUACAGAUGGGUGCUCUCUUGGCCUGGUCAAGUAGUCCUUUGUGUGUCUCAAAUAUAUUGGACAUCAAAAGUUCAUGAAACAAUUAGAAGAAAAAAGCGGAAAAGUUUGUUUGAUCUCUGUGAACAACUGGAUAUGCAAAUAACAGAAACUGCAAAUAUUGUUAGAGGAAGAGUCACCACCACCACACGAAUAACUUUGGAAACUUUAAUAGUGAUCGAUGUUCAUGCCCGUGAUGUCAUAAUGGAGUUAGCUCAGAAAGGAAUACAUUCAGUAGAUGAUUUUCAAUGGUUAGCUCAGCUUCGUUAUUAUUGGGAUAAUUCUGAUGUGAAAGUGAGAAUAAUCAAUGCAACAAUAAAUUAUAGUUAUGAAUAUUUAGGAAACACCACCAGAUUAGUUAUAACACCAUUAACUGAUAGAUGUUAUCGCACCCUUGUUGGUGCUUAUUCUCUUCAUUUAAAUGGAGCACUGGAAGGACCUGCAGGAACUGGAAAAACAGAAACUGUUAAAGAUUUAGCCAAAGCAAUUGCUGUACAAUGUAUUGUUUUUAAUUGUUCAGAAGGUUUGGAUUAUAUUGCUAUGGGAAAGUUUUUUAAAGGCUUAGCAUCAACUGGAGCUUGGGCAUGCUUUGAUGAAUUUAAUAGAAUAGAAGUAGAAGUUUUAUCUGUAAUUGCACAACAAAUCCUGAGCAUCAUUCGAGCAGUACAAGCUGGUGUUCAUAAAUUACUGUUUGAAGGAACUGAACUUCAGUUCAAUCCCAAUACCUACAUAUGUAUUACCAUGAAUCCUGGAUACAGUGGACGUUCAGAAUUACCUGAUAAUCUAAGGGUUUUAUUCAGAACUGUUGCAAUGAUGGUUCCUGAUUAUGCAAUGAUUGGAGAGAUUAGGCUGUAUUCAGGAGGAUUUGUUGAUGCUCGCAACUUAUCAAAUAAAAUUGUAACAACCUAUCGUCUGUGUUCAGAACAGUUAUCUAAUCAAUCACAUUAUGAUUAUGGUAUGCGAUCAGUGAUUGCAGUUUUAACAGCUGCAAAUAAUAUGAAGUUAAAGUUUCCAAAUAAAAAAGAAGAAAAAUUGUUAUUAAGAUCCCUUUUGGAUGUAAACCUACCAAAAUUUCUCUCUUGUGAUAUACCACUUUUUCAAGACAUUAUUUCUGAUCUUUUUCCUGAUACAGAAGCUCAUCAAACUGAUUAUACUGAAUUUAUUGCUGCUGCAAGAAAAGUUUGUACUAAUUUAAAUUUACAGCCUGUUGAUAAUUUUCUUAAAAAACUUAUUCAAACAUAUGAAAUGAUGGCAGUUAGACAUGGUUUCAUGUUAUUGGGAGGACCAGUUGGAGGGAAAACUACAACAUUGAGAGUUUUAGCUGAAACACUUAAUAACUUAAAAGAACAAGGAGUGGAAGGAGAAGAAAAAGUUUUGUACAGAACAAUUAACCCAAAGGCAAUUACUGUGGGUCAGUUAUUUGGCCAGUUUGAUGUUGUUUCUCAUGAGUGGACUGAUGGAAUUACUGCAAGUAUCUUCCGAAAGUUUGCUGUUGAAUCUUCAGAAAGAAAAUGGAUUAUAUUUGAUGGUCCUGUAGAUACUUUGUGGGUAGAAAGUAUGAACACUGCACUUGAUGAUAACAAGAAGUUAUUAAGAUCCCUUUUGGAUGUAAACCUACCAAAAUUUCUCUCUUGUGAUAUACCACUUUUUCAAGACAUUAUUUCUGAUCUUUUUCCUGAUACAGAAGCUCAUCAAACUGAUUAUACUCCUGCAACAGUGAGUCGAUGUGGUAUGAUAUACAUGGAUCCAUCAUAUCUUGGAAUCCAGCCUUUGAUAGACUCAUGGAUUGAUUCAUUAUCCGAACUUUUGAAAAUGGAACAGGAAUAUUUAUCUUCAUUUUGCAACUGGCUAAUACCUGCUUCUCUUGAAUUUAUUGAUACAAAUUGCACACAAUUAAUUCAUUUUAACAAAAAUCAUCAUGUUAACAACAUGCUGAAGAUCAUGUCAUUACUGAUUAGUGAAAUGAAUUUUGAAGAGAACUUUGACAACCAUUAUUUAAAAUCAUGGAUAACUGGGUGUUUUAUAUUUUCACUUAUUUGGAGUGUAGGAGGGAUGCUAGAUUCAGAAUCAAGAAUAAAAUUUAACACAUUUAUUGGACAAAUUAUAAAUGGAAUGUUGAAAAGUUAUCCAAUACCUCAAAAUAUUGGAAAAGUAGAAAUGAAAGUUCCUCCUUCUGACUCUAUAUAUCAUUAUGCCUUUGAGAAUAAAGGCAAAGGUUCAUGGAAAUUAUGGUUUGAUUUCAUACAGCCAAUUGAUUAUUCUAAAGUGGUGAAUUUACAUCAGUUCAUCAUACCUACAAUUGAUACAGUUCGAUAUACAUAUUUCUUAGAUUUAUUUAUAAGAUAUGGAAAACCUAUACUAUUGGUUGGUCCUACUGGAACUGGAAAAAGUGCAUGCAUUAAAGAUAAAUUGUUAAAUACAUUGCCACAAGAAUUUAUCCCUCAUUUCUUUUCAUUGUCGACACAAAUUACUGCUUUACAAACACAGAAUAUAAUUUUAUCUAAAGUUGAUAAAAGAAGAAAAGGACAUUAUGGUCCACCAAUUGGAAAAAAAUGUGUUAUAUUUAUUGAUGACAUAAAUAUGCCUGCACCUGACAAAUUUGGAGCUCAACCUCCUAUAGAAUUGUUAAGGCAAUUGUUAGAUCAUGGAUUUUGGUUUGGAUUAAAAGAAAAUAUGGCUGAAUUAUAUUUAGAUGAUGUUCAAUUCUUGGCUGCUAUGAAACCAUUUGGCACUCGAAGCAAUGUUUCUCCUCGUUUUCUUCAUCAUUUCUUUACUCUAGGAAUAAAUCCAUUCAGCAAUGAAACAAUAUCUAGAAUUUUUUCUAUUUUAUUAUUCACUCAUUUCAAGAUUAAUUUGUUUCUAUCAGAAGUUUAUUCAAUAAAAGAUACUUUAGUAGAUGCUACUUUGAAAGUAUAUGAAUUGGCUGUAUCUUAUCUACAACCUACUCCAAAUAAGUCUCAUUAUUUAUUUAAUUUAAGAGAUUUUUCUAAAGUUAUUCAAGGUUGUUGUUUACUGCAGAAGCAAUCUGUGACUGGAAGAAAAAUCUUUAUUAGAUUAUGGGUUCAUGAAGUAUAUAGAGUUUUUUAUGAUCGUCUGAUUGAUGAGAGAGAUCAAGAAUGGGUUUUAAAAACUGUUAAACAAUGUGUACAUGAUUAUUUUAAUGAAAAUUUUGAUUCUCUGUUUUCUUAUUUAAAAGAAGAAAGUGGGGAUGGUAAAGGAAAUGAAAUAACUAAUGAGGACAUGAUCAAUUUGAUGUUUGGGAAUUAUAUGAAUCCAGAUCUUUCUCCCAAAGAACGUUUAUAUGAAGAAGUUAAAGAUUUAGAAGCAUUCAAAAUGGUUGCUAUUUUAUCUUUAAGAGAAUAUAAUAUGAUGAAUAAAGCUCAGUUAGACCUUGUUAUAUUCAGUUAUGUUUUAGUACAUCUGGCUCGAAUAUCACGUAUUUUAACAAUACCCGGAGGUAAUGGCUUACUUGUGGGAAUUGGAGGAAGUGGAAGACAGUCUUUAACUAAAUUAGCUGCUUCAAUGGCAGGACAAACUCUAUUCCAACCAGAAGUUACCAAAANGUUUAUUUGCAUAACUGUUCAAGCAAUUAUGCAAGAAAAGAAUAGAACUGCAGAUUAUACACCCAUAGAACUCUUUUCCCAUUUUGUUAAUUUUUGCCAAGAAAAUUUGCAUAUUAUUAUAGCCAUGAGUCCAGUUGGAGAUACUUUUCGUUAUCGUCUUCAACAAUUUCCAUCAUUAAUAAAUUGUUGCACCAUUGACUGGUUUGAUUUCAAAAAGUGUAAAGAUGUAGUAAUGAGAGCUAAAAUUAAGACCGAUGAUGACGAAUGGGACGAACGAGAUAUCCAGGCGACUAAUUAUAUCUAUAGCGGAAUAACUAACAAACAGCUAGAAUAUAUAAGCGAACUUGAUACGGCUUACGAAAUUAUCCAAAAGUUUGAUGAGAUGUAUUUGAAAAAGUCAACAGCUCUGCAAAUUGUGUGCCGACAUAACCUUGAAAGUAUCAAAUUGAAAAAUUAUUCAGAUGUAAGCUUAUUCUUCGACGCGUUUGAGAAGGCUGUGAACGAAUUAAAGCAGGCAGGUGCAAUGAUAUCAGAACAAGAAAAAUUAAACUACAUGUUAAAAUCGCUACCACAGAAGUAUAGUCAUAUUGGUGAUUUAAUAGAUGUUUUACCAGAAAAGGAGAGGACUGUUGACUAUUUGAAAAGCAAAAUAAACUGUGGAAAACCUGGUCAUUUAAAAAGAAAUUGUCGUUUUGAAAUUGAAAAUCGUAGUCGAAGUCGUGGUUUUUCUGUUUAUCGAGGACGUGGAUUGUUCAAUGCCAGAAACUUUCAGAGAGGGCGAGGAAAUUAUCAUCAAAACAUACAUGAAUAUCAAGGAAAUAGUUUUCAGACUACCAUUGCAAAUAAUACUUAUAUUAAUACUACAAGUAAAAACGAAAAGUCAAAGAUAGAUGAAAUAGAAUGGUUACUUGAUAGUGGUUGCACAGAUCAUAUCAUUAACACCGAUGAGUAUUUUGAAACCUCUGAGACAUUGAAGAAACCUAUAAAAGUAAAAGUUGGUGAUGGAAGAAUAUUAGAAGCUACAAAAGUUGGCAAUAUUAAAACUUGUUUCCCAGUUUAUGGACAAAAGUCUGAGGUUACGUUGGAAAAUGUCUAUUUUGUAAAAGAUAUGAAGGCAAACUUGUUGAGUUAUUCGAGGAUCACAGAUAAACAUUCAAUUGUUUCAAGGAGAAAAUUUUCAAAAAUAUACAACCCAUAUGGAAAGGUGAUAGCUGUUGCAAUCAAAGAGGAUAAACUAUAUAAAAUGAAAAGUUAUAUCAAUGAAAGAAAAUCACAAGCGAACAUGAGUAAAAGCAACAUGACUAUAAAAGAAAAACUACAUAGAACACUGGGACAUAUCAAUUUUAACAACUUGAAAAUAAUGUGUAAAAAUGAAUCACUAGAUGGACUACCCAGAGAGAUUGAACCAGAAUAUUUAAAGUGUGCUACAUGUAUUGAAAACAAAAUGCAUAACUUACCAUUUCAUAAUAACAGGAGAAGAGCAGAAGACAUAUUAGAAAUUGUACAUACAGAUCUAAAUGGACCACAUCAAACUACAGGAAAUCUUGGAGAAAAAUAUUUCUUAAAUUUCAUAGAUGAUUAUAGCAAACUAGUUAAAGUUUAUUGUAUCCAGACAAAAGAUGAAGUAUAUGAAUGCUUAGUACAGUAUGUUAAUGAAGUUCAAAACUUGACUGGAAAGAUGAUAAAGGAACUGCGAUGUGACAAUGGGAAGGAGUAUAUGAAUGCAAGAAUUUUUAAGUUUGCAAAGGAAAAGGGAAUAAUAAUAAAACCUUGUCCAUCAUAUGUGCAUGAACUAAAUGGAACAGCAGAAAGAUACAAUCGAACAUUAAUGGAUAUGGGGAGAUGUCUUUUAUCAGAAGCAAAAAUUGAAAGAAGAUUUUGGAAGCCAUCAGUAAAAAAUUUAAAAUUAUAUGGAAGUAAAGUAUUCGUAAGAAUUCCAGAAGAAAAACGAAAAUCUAAAUGGGACAAGAAAGCAGAGGUUGGAAUUUUGAUUGGAUAUACAGAUACUGGAUAUAGAGUAUUGAUGAAUAGCAGAGUUAUAAUGGCUAGACAUUGUGACAUAAUAGAAGAGAAUGUAAACUUGUGUGGAUUUGAAAAUGAGAAAGAGGAAAAGAAUGAAGAUAAAGAAGAAAGACAAAAGGAUUCAGAUCAAGCAAAGGAAAAGGAAGGAGAAGACUCUACUAGUACAAACCAUCAAGAAAAGGAUAUGACAAAAGACUUGGAAAAAGACAAUACACAUAAAGAAAAUAGUAAUGAUGAGAUAAAAGAGGAUGAAGAAAAAACAAAAGGAAAAAGAUCAGGAAGACAAAUUAAACAUCCACUCCGCUUUGAUGAAGAAUUCGGUUAUUACAGUAUAAGUGUAAAUUACUGUGAUGCUACUGUUCCAGAAAAUUUUCAGGAGGCGAUGACAAGUGAUGAUUCAAAGAAAUGGAAAGCAGCAAUGAAUUCCGAGAUGGACAGUCUUGUGAUAAACAAUACAUGGACACUUGUGAGCAAGCCUCCUAAAGACAAAAGGGUAAUUGAUGUGAAGUGGAUAUACAGAAAGAAGAGUGAAAGUGAAUAUAAAGCCAGGUUAGUGGUAAGAGGUUUUCAACAAACUGAUUGUAUUGAUGACAUUUAUUCUCCUGUUGCUAAAAUGCCGACUUUAAAGUUGCUACUGUCUUAUUGCUGUAAAGAUAAACAAAUUAUUGUUGACAUUAAAAACAAGUUAUCUAAUAAGUUUAGAAUGAAGGAUUUAGGUAGAUAUAGUUAUGUUUUAGUACAUCUGGCUCGAAUAUCACGUAUUUUAACAAUACCCGGAGGUAAUGGCUUACUUGUGGGAAUUGGAGGAAGUGGAAGACAGUCUUUAACUAAAUUAGCUGCUUCAAUGGCAGGACAAACUCUAUUCCAACCAGAAGUUACCAAAAGUUAUAGUAGAAUAGAAUGGGAAGAUGAUUUAAAAAGAAUGCUGAAGAAUUCUGGAGCAAAAAAGACUGUUACAACUUUUCUGAUUUCAGAUCAUCAGAUUACAAAUGAGACAUUUUUAGAAGAUAUUGAUAGUCUCUUGAAUACUGGAGAGGUUGCUAAUCUUUUUGAUUCAGAAGACAGAUUAGAAAUUAUAGAAAAGUGGCCAGAUGAAGCUUUAGAGCUUGUUGCAAUUCGUUCAUUUAAAAAUUUAGAGAAGUGGCCAGAUGAAGCUUUAGAGCUUGUUGCAAUUCGUUCAUUUAAAAAUUUAGAGGUAUCUCCAAAAUUAAAAUUUAAUAUUACAGAAGUAUGUAAAGAUUUUCAUAAAAGUGCUGAAGAACUAUCUAUUAGGUAUAUGAAUGAAAUGGGGAGAUAUUGCUAUGUUACACCAUCAUCUUAUUUGAAUUUGAUUGCAUUGUUUAAAAGUUUAUUAGACGAAAGACAAAUAGACAUUGCAAGUACAAGAGAUCGCUAUAAAGGAGGGCUAGAAAAACUUGAUUUUGCUUCUCAACAAAUCAGUCAAAUGCAAAUUGCUUUAGAGGAAUUAAAACCACAACUAGUAAUAUCAGCAGAAAAUACUGAAAAGAUGUUAGCUACAAUUGAGAAAGAAUCUUCUGCAGUUGCACAGACAAGAGAAAUUGUUAGCAAUGAAGAAACCACAGCUAACAAUCAAGCUAUUGCUGCACAAAAUUUGAAGGAUGAAUGUGAAUCAGAUUUGAAAGAAGCUAUCCCAGCUCUUGAAGCUGCUCUUGCUGCUUUGGAUACAGUUAAACCAGCUGAUAUUAGUUUGUUGAAGUCGAUGAAAAAUCCACCCAUAGCAGUAAAAUUAGUUAUGGCUGCUGUUUGUGUAAUGAAAAAUAUCAAACCUGUUAAAAUAAAUGAUCCUAGACAAGUUGGUAAAAAGAUACUUGAUUAUUGGGGACCUUCAAUGAAAGCUUUAAGUGAUUUAAAUUUUUUCAAGAAUCUGAAGACAUAUGAUAAAGAUAACAUUCCAUCUGAUGUAAUGACAAGAAUAAGGAAAGAAUAUAUAGGAGCUCCUGAAUUUAAACCAAAAAUAGUUGCUAGAGCAUCACCUGCAGCAGAAGGUCUUUGCAAAUGGGUCUUAGCAAUGGAGUUAUAUGAUAGAGUUGCAAAAUUUGUAGCUCCUAAACGAGAAAAACUUAAAGAAGCUGAAAGGUCUUUAAAUGAUACGCUUGAAAUAUUAAAACAGAAACAUUCUGAAUUAAAACAAGUUGAGAAAAAGCUAGAAAAACUUCAAGCUGAACUUGAAGAUAUGACAAAUCAGAAAACAGCUUUAGAAUCAGAAGUUGAAAGAUGUUCCAAUCAAUUAAUGAGAGCCAAGAAGAUGAUUAGUGGAUUGGGUGGAGAACGUGAAAGGUGGGGAUUGGAAGUUGAACGUCUCACUAUUGCUUUUGAAAAUUUACCUGGUGAUGUUCUUCUAGCAUCAGCUGUAAUUGCCUAUUUAGGAGUUUAUACUGCAAGUUUUCGUAAAGAAUGCAUUAAGAAUUGGAUUUCUUUUUGCUUGAAAUAUGAAAUUCCAUGUUCAACAGAAUUUUUUCUGAACAAAACUUUAGGAAAUCCUUUAACAAUUCAGAAUUGGGAAAUAGCUGGACUUCCACAUGAUAAUUUUUCUAUUGACAAUGCAGUAAUUGUUGAUAAAACUAAUCAAUGGUCACUCUUAAUUGAUCCUCAAGGACAAGCUCAAAAUUGGAUUAAAAAUAUGGAAAAAAUAAGAAAACUUGAAAUAGUAAAGUUUACCGAUAAGAAUUUAUUCCAGUCUUUAGAAACAUGUAUUCAGUUUGGAAUUCCUGUAUUAAUAGAAAAUGCCACUGAAGAAAUAGAUUUUUCUUUUUAUUCACUGUUACAAAAACAAACAUUUACUCAAGGUGGAGUUGAAAUGAUAAAACUUGGUGAUAAAUUAAUUGAAUUCCAUUCAGAUUUUAAAUUAUAUAUUACUACUAAACUUCAAAAUCCUCAUUACUUGCCAGAAAUCACAAAUAAAGUCACUUUAAUCAACUUUAUGAUAACACCUGAGGGUCUUCAAGAUCAAUUACUUGAAAUUGUUGUGGCUAAAGAAAGACCAAAUCUAGAAAAAGAAAGGCAAGAACUUAUUGUCCAAAGUUCAGAAAACAGAAAUGAUUUAGCAAAGUUAGAAGAAACGAUUUUAAAGACUUUGUCAUCGGAGAAGAAUGUUCUAGAAGAUGAAGUUGCACUCAAUAUAUUGGACAAUUCUAAAAUUUUAGCUGAUGAAAUCAGUGUCAAACAAAAGGUGACAGAAGUAACAGAGAAAAAAAUUGAAAAUUCUCGUAUGGAAUACAAAUUAGUUGCACUUCAUUCUUCCGUAUUGUUUUUCUCUAUCAAGGAUCUUCCAAAUAUAGAAUCGAGUUAUCAAUUUUCGCUAAAUUGGUUCAUCAAUCUUUUCAUUUUGUCUAUUAAUAAAAGCACAAGAUCUCAAACAUUAUCUAAAAGAAUAAGAUAUUUGACAGAUCAUUUUACAUAUAGUCUGUAUAGAAAUGUAUGUCGUUCUUUGUUCGAAAAAGAUAAAUUAGCAUUUACAUUUUUCCUCUGCUGUAAUUUGUUGAUAGCUCAUAAACAGUUAUCACCUGAAGAAUUACAGUUUUUCUUAACUGGUGCUGUUGGUCUUGAAAACAAAAUUAAGAAACCUGCACCGUGGAUUCCUGAUAAUGCUUGGGAUAAUUUAUGUUAUUUGUCAGAAAUGACAGCUUUUGAUAAUUUUAUAGAAAGUUUCCAAGAUCAUCUCUAUAACUGGCAGGAAGUUUAUGAAACUAAGGAUCCGUGUUCUUAUCCCUUUCCUCAACCUUGGCAAGAAAAAUUGAAGGAAUUUCAGAAAAUGUUAAUUUUACGCUGCUUAAGACCAGAAAAGGUUAUACAAAUGAUAUCAAAAUUUAUCGAUAAUAAUCUGGGGAGAAGAUUUACACAUCCACCACCUUCUGAUUUAGAACAUUAUUAUGAAGAUUCUUCACAAGUUCUGCCACUUGUUUUUAUUUUGUCACCCGGAGCUGAUCCCUUGUCAACAUUAUGGAAAUUUGCUGAAAGCAAAGGAAUUCACAGUAAUAAUUUUGAAACAAUUUCUCUUGGACAAGGACAGGGUCCAAAAGCUGAAGAUAUGAUUGAAAGAUGUCGAAAGAAAAGAUCUUGGGUUCUUAUCCAAAAUUGUCAUUUGGCUGAAUCAUGGAUGAAUACUCUUGAACAAAUCUGUGAAUCAUUUGCAGUUGAAAACACUCAUAAAGAUUUUAGAUUAUGGCUUACAACAUAUCCUUCUAAAAUGUUUCCAGUUUCUAUUUUACAAAGCAGUGUUAAAAUCAUUCAUGAAACCCCCACUGGUUUACGUCAAAAUCUGUUAUGGUCUUAUUUAAGUGAUCCAAUUAAUACAGAAGAAUUCUUCAUGUCAGGGCUAAAAGAAAAAGAGAAUUUUCAUAAAUUAGUCUUUAGUUUAUGCUUCUUCCAUGCAAUUGUUCAAGAAAGAAGAACUUUUGGACCCAUUGGAUGGAAUAUUCCUUAUGCUUUUGAUGAUUCAGAUUUAAGAAUUUCACUACUACACUUGAAGAGGUUUAUGAGUGAAUAUGAUGAAAUACCAUUCAAAGCUUUAUUUUACAUGACAGGAGAAUGUAAUUAUGGUGGAAGAGUUACAGAUGAAUGGGAUCGUCGAUGUCUUCUCACCAUUUUAGAAGAUUUAUAUAGUGAAAACGUUAUUACUGAUCCAAAAUACAAGCUGUCUUCUUCUGGAACCUAUUAUAUACCAUCUAAAUUGAACUAUGAAGAACACAUUAAAUUUAUAAAAAAUUUACCUUCAACUCAGGAUCCUGAAAUAUUUGGAAUGCAUCCCAAUGUCAACAUUUCAAAAGAAUUAAGAGAAAUGAAAUGCCUUUUCAGUUCAAUAAUAGCAUUACAGGGAAAAAAGAAAAAAAUAUCUGUUAAAUUUACAGACUCACAUUUAAGUGAAAUUGUUUCAGAUAUUUUGGAGAAGCUACCUGAAGAAUUUGAUUUAAAGAAAGCUAAAAUUCAAUAUCCAGUAAAGUAUAAUGAAAGUAUGAAUACAGUUUUGGUUCAAGAAUUGGAAAGAUACAAUCAAUUAGUAAAUAUUAUUAAGACAAGUUUAAAAACAUUCCAAGCAGCUAUAAAAGGAACAGUUGUUCUAUCUAAAAGUUUGGAAGACCUAGCUGGAAAUAUUUUGAUAGGAAAAGUUCCAGAACUUUGGAUAUCUCAUUCUUAUCCUUCUAUUAAACCUCUUGCUAGUUACAUUAUUGAUUUAUGUGAACGUCUUAAUUUUUUCAAGAUGUGGAUAGAUAAAGGAAAACCAAAAACAUUUUGGUUAUCAGGAUUUUAUUUCACACAAGCAUUUUUAACAGGAACACUACAGAACCAUGCCAGAAAAUAUACUAUACCAAUUGAUUUAUUAGCAUUUGAUUUUGAGGUAAUGGACUCAACUGAGAUGUCAUCAUUUUCUACCGAUGGUGCAUAUAUAAAUGGUUUGUUUUUAGAUGGUGCCAGAUGGGACAAAGAACAUAAUAUUUUAACAGAACAACAGAAUAAAAUACUAUAUUAUAAUAUGCCUGUUAUUUGGUUAAAGCCUUGCAUUAAGAAGGAAAUCAUUGAAGAAGGUCGAUACAAGACUCCACUCUAUAAAACUGGCGAAAGACGUGGCACCCUUUCCACCACGGGUCAUUCCACCAAUUACGUCUUACCAAUAUUACUGCCUACGAGAAAACCCGCCCGACAUUGGGUAAAGCGCGGAACAGCAUUAUUAUGCCAAUUAGAUCACUAACCACCUUUUUAUUUUGUAUAAAAAUAAAAAAAUGUAAAUAACAAAUUUUUAAAGUUUUAUGUAAUUUAUUAAAAAUAAAUAAAUCAGAAUAUUUUCUAUAUG